UUAAUGUUACACUGACAUUCAAGAGGCAGAUUAGAUUAUCUUUCAAAUGAGACUUUUCUGUUGGAUUCGUAACCUAUUGGAAGAUUGGGGGUGUUCAUGUUAAUGGAUGCCUCCCAACUGUGGAAAACAAAUGCUUCGGCGCUUUUCCACUUGGUCGUUUUUGCUCUGUUAUUCGAUUACUUGUUUUCCUCAAGUAUUGUGAGUCUUUAGCGAUAAUGGGUAUCAAUCAUGAACUCCUUAUCGCUUGUGAGUUCGCGGAUAGUCUGCAGAUUGUUUUCGACUUCUUUUAUUGUGCGUCGAACAAUCUGUAAUCGGAGCUUUGGUGGUGAUGAUCGAUUUGAGUUUGUUGUGGAACCCAAUAAGAAGAGGUUGGAGGGAUCGGAGUUUGGUUACUUUACUGAUGAAAAUUCGGAUUCCUGUGAGAUUGGGAGUCGUAGAGGGGAUGAUCUGUCAAUGAGAAGGGGUUUUCUAGAGGGUGCGAAAAUUGGUGCUGAAAAAGUUAUUGAGAUUCUCAAACAGGACGGUCCUGGAUUUGACACAUUAUUGGCUUUGGAUGAACUGCAACUACAGGUCUCAGGGGUUCUUGUUAGGGAAGUUCUGAAGGGGAUUUUGAGAAGUGUAAAUGUUCUAAACAAAACUCAAUGUGCAAAAUCGGGGUACAAGUUCUUCGUGUGGUCCGGUAAGGUCGAGAAUUAUCGACACACUGCGAGCUCGUAUCAUAUGGUCAUGAAAAUAUUUGCUGAAUGUGAGGAGUUCAAGGCUAUGUGGAGGUUACUUGAUGAGAUGACUGAGAAAGGGUACCCUGUGACUGCAAGGACUUUUAUGAUAUUGAUAUGUACCUGUGGUGAUGCAGGCUUGGCUAGGAAAGUUGUCGAGAGGUUUAUCAAAUCAAAAACAUUCAAUUUUAGGCCGUUUAAACACUCUUAUAAUGCGAUUCUUCAUGGACUACUUGUGAUAAAACAGUACAAGUUGAUUGAGUGGGUGUAUCAGCAAAUGCUGCUUGAUGGUCACAGCUCAGACAUUCUUACAUAUAAUGUGGUGUUGUAUGCAAGGUGCAAAUUGGGGAAAUUGGAUCAGUUUCACAGAUUGCUUGAUGAAAUGGCUAGAAAUGGGUUUUCUCCUGAUUAUCAUACUUAUAACAUUCUUCUUUUUGUUCUUGGCAAGGGAGACAAACCUCUUGCAGCUCUAAAUCUUUUGAACCACAUGAGGGAAGUGGGUUUUGAUCCGAGCAUUCUUCAUUUCACGACGCUUAUCGAUGGACUUAGUCGGGCUGGAAAUUUGGAUGCUUGCAAAUAUUUCUUUGAUGAACUGGGAAACAAGGGGUGCAUUCCUGAUGUUGCUUGCUACACUGUGAUGAUCACAACCUACACAGUGGCUGGGGAGCAUGAGAAAGCUAAGGAGCUUUUUGAUGAGAUGGUCAUGAAGGGUCAGCUCCCUAAUGUAUUGACGUACAACUCCAUGAUUCGGGGUUUUUGUAUGGCGGGUAAGUUCGAUGAGGCUUACUCGAUGCUGGCUGAAAUGGAAACCCGUGGUUGCAGACCAAAUUUUGUUGUAUAUAGUACCCUUGUAAGCUAUUUGCGAAAUGCUGGAAAGCUUUCUGAGGCUCAUAAAGUUAUAACGCGCAUGGUGGAGAAGGGGCAAUACGCCCAUUUAGUGACGAAAUUCAGGGGAUAUAGGAGAUGCUAGAUCAUUAGGAAGAACUUUUGUAAUUGAAGAUUAUUAGUUAAUAAGCAAAUGAGAAAUUCAAGUGCCAGUUUGUCCA